AUGCCGCUUCAGCUACGCGAAGCCCAAUUGGAUGACAUCCACGCUAUGCGCGGCGUCUACUACUCGGCCUUUGGAGAUACCAUUAUCGGAGGCCACGUCUUCAUGAAGAAUAUUGAAGCUUCAGAUCGCUUCUGGGACGCCUCAUUUAAGGACGAGCUUGUGGAUUCUUCCUGUCAACUACUUGUCGUCACCAAUAAAAACACACCUGAUUCGGCCGAGGAAAUUAUCGCUUUUGCAAAAUGGUGUCUCCCCGGAGCUUCUAUCGAUGAUCCGCCACCUGUAGAAGCUUGGCCAAGCCACGGAGAACUCGCCGUCGACUUCUUUGGAGCCAUGACAAAAGGGCACCGUAAAUAUAUGGGCGAUAGGCCACACUGGUAUCUUGAGUGCAUCGGGACGCACAAGGACUGGAUGGGCAAGGGAGCAGCGAGUUUGCUGAUGCGUUGGGGUCUUGAGCGGGCAGACGCAGACAAGCUCCCGUGCUUCCUCGAGGCGACUCCUAAGGGGAAGCCGAUUUAUGAGAGGUUUGGGUUCAAGACUUUGGGUGAAGAGGUGUUUGAGUGGCCGCAGGGAACAACUGUGGAAGCGUACAUGGAGCGUGAUGCAAAGACGGACACUUCAUCUUUUGACAAAACACCAACACUACCGAACCCGAGAAAGCAACACACCGAGAUGGUAUACAAUGUGCACCUGCGAAUACCGACCUCCGAGAGCGCGUGCGGCUCCGUUGACUUUACCGUCGUCUACACGCGAGGGUCGUGCCGCGAGGUUGGAUGCAAGUACCUCGAGUGCAUGGUCAAGGGGUGGGCGUGCUGCAGGUGUGACAAGGGACCCAACGAGGGACACAUCUGCAGGCAGGACACGACGCCGUGGCGAUGGGAUUAUACAGAGUGCAAGCAUCGGUUUUGUCAUGGGGAGAUGGCUAAGAAGGACGCCAAAGGGAAAUCACCCGGGAAUGAGGUUAUUCGGAAGGGUUUACAUGCGAUUACUGGAGGUCUGAUCAAGGGUGGAGGCUCUGCUAGACAUUGGUAG